CCUGGACACCAUCAGAACUUUGUGUGCACUUCAAUUUCACCUGAAGGUACAAGAUGUUUCGCAUUGUAAACCCGCUUUUAAAGCACAUCAUCCACCGGACUUCUCUCGAUGCUAGUACAAGGAAACAAUGCCUGCAAUAUUUGAAAACCCUAAGAGCGUUGCAACUUACAGGCUACAACACCAUCUUUUUAGGAGAAACUGAUCUUUCAGAAAGUCUAAUAACAGGGGAAAAGGUUCCUCAUGAAGAUGACCUAAAUUGGCCUGUAUGGACAGUCGUACAUGCCGGCAACAGUCAAGGGUGGGUACCAUGGAGAUACAGAGUGUUUCUAAGGGAUGACUUGCCCCUAGACAAGCCAGAAGAUGUCUUUCAGGAACUCUGUGACUUCCUGUCGAUAACCUAUGGGAAGUGUGCCAUUGUGGUCAAAGAAAAAAGACAGCCCAGAGUGAAAAUUGAUGAGUCCACUCAGGAGGUGGAGAUAAGCGAACCGCAGUUUACACCUCUCCCUCUUUUCUCAAGCAUCAAGUGCUGUCCUGAGGUGGCCAAGGCCACAGGCCAUGAACUUCUCUCAGUGCCUUUCCCCUACAACCACCUCCACCCUAUGGAUGCCGCCUGGUCCUCUUUGAAAUGGUUUAUUAUCAAUAACAGAAAGGAGUUCUCCCUGACCACUUUGGAGAAGACCUAUUCAUACCAAUGCAUCCUCUUCAGUGAUCUGCUUGGGAAAGGAAUCGAGAAGAUGAGCCCAAACAAGUGGAAGAUAGCAGUAAACAAAGUGCGCAGAUGGGAAAACUACUACUUGGAUAAGUUUACCUAA